AGAUAAAAACGACGGUGGUGUACCCAGCAACUGAAAAACAUCUUCAGAAAUACUUGUCUCGGUCAGUGUAUCUCAUCCAGGAGACGGGGGAGGAUUAUAAGAACAUCACUCUGCCUUUUAUCGAAUCACAGAGUAUCAGCAUUCAGUGGGUGUACAACAUCCUGGAGAAGAAGGCUGAAGCUGAUCAAAUUGUCUAUGAAAAUCCAGAUCCCAUCAACGGCUUUGUUCUCCUUCCAGAUUUUAAAUGGGAUCAAAAACAGCUUGAGAAUUUAUACUUGAUCGCCAUCUGUCACCGCAGGGGAAUCAAAUCAGUGAGGGAUCUGACGGCUGAGCAUCUCCCUUUGCUGAGAAACAUUUUGCAAGAAGGAGGGGAGGCCAUAGAAAAGCGCUUUGGCCUUGCAAAGACCCAAGUGAGAGUUUACUUGCAUUACCAGCCAUCCUAUUUCCACCUUCACGUGCAUUUCACUGCCCUGAGCUACGAUGCACCGGGGUGCUCUGUUGAGCGGGCUCUCCUGCUUUCCGAUGUGAUGUAUCAUCUGGAGCUGGACUCCCAGUAUUAUCAAAAGUGCCCCUUGACCUUUCCUGUCCGAGCAGAUGAACCUCUGCUGAAGAAAUUCCAGGAAGCUGGUAAAGCCUGAACAUCUGGGGAUGUUGAAGAAAGAGUGCAUGGAAAAAAAAUACACCUAAUCAAGAAAUGACGAUACCUUUAUAGGGUCUGUAAGAUAUUUUGGGGGAUU